GCCAAGAGGUUCGCCACAUCUCCGAAGUGAUGAGAUUUCUUUAAACGGUGAAGCUCGCUUCGAUCUAGAGGUUGUUCUUUCACGAUUGAUCUUUGGAGGUUCUUGCUUUUCUCUAGGGUAAGGUAAUGGGGGUACGCGUUGUGGCUGCUGGCGACGGGAGGGAGCUGUAUGUGUUCACCUACAAUCAGGGUAUGCGAGGCAAGGAUCUCCUUGAUGAGCUCAAAGAGCUGGGCUUGUCGGGUCAUGUGCAAAUCAAUGGCGAGCGGAUGACACGCUCGUUUCCUCUGUGCGAUGGAGCCGUCUGUGUUUUCGUGGAGGAGAGGCCGCAAGACAGCACCUGGUUCCUCAGGCACAACACGCUGCCUUCUUCCGCCUCGACUCUGUCCAACUCCAACCCUCUCAUGAAGACCCAUCUUGGCACAGAUGAUCCGAUCUACGACCUGAGCAGGACGUCGGCGAGCGCAGCGCCGCUGGUUCUGGCAGCGCCGCCGUUUGCCGACUACGUCCAGGGGCUCAAGUCUCAUGUGUUGGAUGCGCUUGAUUGGAACUUCGUGGGGCGCACGGUGCAGGAAAUGAGCCCGUUUCUCGACACCGAGGACACGCGAAAGCUCUCCUUCUAUCGCAUUCUCCAGGGCUACUUGCUGGCCAAGUUCCCGGCAACUGUCAUUCAGGUUACACCGUCAACCCCAGGACCGAAUGCGGACAUCAAGAUCGAGGUCCUGAUCAGAGGCGCGUGGAUCCUCGUCUGCCUCGUGGAAGUGAAACCCGAGGUCGGCCUGAAUGGCGAGCCAUGCGUGCAAGUGAUGAACGCCUAUGCAAAGGCGACGAUCCGGAGCCGGUCACGUUACCAGUGGCAGUUCUUCUGUUCCUGCUUCCCGGUGCUGAUCGUAGAGCUCGCGGGGCCGAACAUUCGGGUGGGCGGUGCCUGCCAUUUCGACAAGCCGGCACACGAGCCCUUUACGCCCUUCCUCCACAUGCUCAAGUUCCUGCGCGAUGACCGUCACUUGGGCAUCUUGUCCAAGGCCCUGGCUUCCAUCUCGCUGGCCAUUGGCUCCUUGGUGCGAUUCUAUGAUCGAGUUGGUACUGCUGCUGCAGCCCAGGGAGCCGCCGCCAGGACCAGGGACGCUUCUGUCAACUGGCCGCACCAUGCUGCGUUGCAGAAGAGCUCUGGUGCUACUGUCGUCCAGUUGGAACGCAGGUUCUCGGCCAGCCAGCUCGCGCUGAUGCAAGUUGGCAGGGCACAGCAGCUGGUGUUUCACAUCAAGCGGCCGGGUGGCGCGCAACGCGUUGUCAAGUUCUGCCAGAGGUAUGGCAAGGAAGUGCACCGGCUGUGGCACGAGGCCGGAUAUGCGCCCAGCUUCCAGCACCAGCUCCUACAAGACGGGGACUGGAUGGUGAUAGAUAUGGAGUGCUUGGCCGAAGGUGAUGGCUGGCGGCCGCUGCAUGCACUUGAUCCGCGGCUGGCUGUGAUUGGAGAUGCGGAUGCGAACAUGUAUCGCCUCAAUGCUUCCGAGUGGGAUGCAUGCAAGCGUGCGGUCCGGCUGGCUCUGCGCAACGUCCAGCAGAUGCAUUCGACCACAGUGCACGGUGACAUGAGGCGGCAGAACAUCUUGUGGAACGUGGAUGGCAGGGUGGCUUUCGUGGAUUUCGACUGGGCCGGCAUCAGCGGACGAGACUGCUAUCCGCUGUUUAUCAAUCCCGUGAAUGUGUGGCCCCCUGGAGUCACUGGUGCUGCUGUGAUGUUGAGCCAACAUGAUGUCCAGCUGCUUGACUUGGAGCUUGGGCCAUGAUACACGCACUCUCCCGGCUCUAAAUUUUGCGACUUAAACGAACGAUGUCAAAAGAAGGUCCCCUUUCGCACGUUUGAUACGCUUCCUCGUCAGCCUUGCUCGCAAACCAAACGUUCACGUUUGCUGUUCCAUCUUCUGCUUCAUCACUCCUCGGUCCUACUCCAUCAUCCUCUACCUCAUCAAGCACCCUGUUCUUCUCGCUCCUCCUGUUCUUGAUAAUCAUGUCCUCCCGGCCCCUGUUGCUGUUCUUCUCCUUGCUCUAAUUCCUGCCCUUGUUGUUCCAGACCUUCGGGCUCUAAUGGCUGUUCUUGAUCAUAAAACCAAGAAAAACAAAAAGAACUAAGAA